CAAUAAAUUCAAAGUGAAUUCUAAUAUAAAUGCCAAUGUUGAUAUUUUCAAGUUUCACCCACUUGUAACGUCUGAUAAGUUAGAAUCGUUCUUGAAGAGUAAUAUAGACGGUGUCGUUCUAAUUACAUAUGGAUCUGGCAACAUUCCCACAAAUGACAAAAUCAUUCAAAUCCUUAAGGAGGCUGCAGAAAGAGGAAUUAUCAUUGUUAAUGUUACCGAUUGUCUUCAUGGUUCUGUAAAUCCCCCUUACAAAACCUCGAACAUUUGCGAGGAUAUUGGUAUUCUGCCAGGGUACGACAUUACCACUGCUGCAGCUUUAAUGAAAUUAUGUUAUGUUUUGGGAUUUAGAAAUCUUUCGCUUGAGGAAAAGAAAAUUAUGAUGAUGACAAAUCUUCGUGGAGAAAUAACCAAAGUCUAAAAAACUUCAUUUAUAUUGUAACGCAAAGUGUAUUCAAACAUUGCUGUAUAUUAUAUUAUUUGUAAUUUUCUUUUACAAUGGAUGCUUAAUAACACGUGUUUUCGAUUGUAAUAUGUUACAAUUGAUAUUAUGAAUGUUGUGUUUAUAAUACAAUAAUACAAUAAAUCGUUUAAUGAAUCAGUUUGUUGUUGAAAGAACGAGUUUUUCAUUGCAACAAAUGAUUUCAUUGUUUGAUUUACGUAAGUGUCGUUUCAGAUAAACUCCGUACAAUGAGAUGCGAUAAUGGCGAAAAAUGUUAACGACAGUCGAGAUUAGUAUAAAAACCCGCGAAUUUCCAUCGAUCCACCACAAUGUCCGAACCAUGAAUUUGACAAAAGCAUCGGAUUUUCUGCUGCUCCUUCUCCUCGCAUCAACAUCUUUGUCUCAACCGACGUACAACAGGAGCACGUAUGUCUACAAGAACAAGGUGUACCACAUCGAAACGUUCUUCAAGACUACGUUUUAUUCGGCUUUCAUGUACUGCAACAAACUGGGCAUGAACUUGCUGAUGAUAACCGCCGAGGAUGAGUUCGAUAAGAUCACAGACUUCAUCAAAUCCAAAGUAAAGUACGAGAAAGAUCUGAUGUUUUGGACGGCCGGCGCGGCUGUCGAACCCAAAGAAUUCCAUUGGAUGUACACGGGAUUACCAGUGGAAUUGAAUACCAGAUGGCUGCAGGGUGAACCCAACAACCUUUCCGGUUCCGAAUAUUGCCUUCAGCUCUGGAUGAACAAACCCAGCGUAUUCGUCCUCAACGAUCAAUCGUGCACGACAAAAUCCUACUUCGUUUGCCAGACAACCAAUUAGAAGCCUAGAAACGUGUGCAAAACAUUUGAAGCAAUAAAACAAAACAAAAAUGAAUAAUUCAAA